AUAGGCCAAGUUUUACAAAUGCCGCUGAGAUGGAGUCCAAGGAGGCAUCUCACGAGAUCGGCUCCCCCUCAGCGUACGGCGACAGACCGGGCCUUCGCAUGCUGACCGUCGCUAGGAAACUUCACAACUUGUGGAAAUUCAGCCACAAGACGCGCAGCUCGGAGAGCAUACGUGGUGCUGACCAAGUUACCGGGCCCACCUCGGAGCACGUGGACAAACACAAAGAAGGUAAGAAUGGCUUUUGAUGAAAUUAAUCAUUUUAAAUACGUUUUAAAAACAAAUAUAUAUGCCCAUGUGAACAGUUGACUAGAAUUUAGCUAGACAUAAGAUUCUAUAAGCCAUAUCUAGCAGGAGUCUCUCUGUCAUAUUAUCAACACCUACAUUCCAUGCGCCAUUUCUAGCAUGCUUCUUUCUGUAAUAGUAAUCAAGACCUAGCUUCGAUGCGCCAUUUCUAGCAUGAUUCUUUCUGCAAUAGUAAUCAAGACCUAGCUUCGAUGCGCCAUUUCUAGCAUGAUUCUUUCUGUCAUAGUAAUCAAGACCUAGAUUCCAUGCGCCAUUUCUAGCAUGAUUCUUUCUGUAAUAGUAAUCAAGACAUAGCUUUGAUGCGUCUUUUCCAGCAAGAGGCUUUGUCUAAUAUUAUCAAGACCUAGUUUCGAUACACCAUCUCUUGCCAGAGUCUUUCUCUAACAUUAAUGAAGACCUACUUCAGUUGAGUUAUAUCUUUCCACAUUUUUUCCCCCGAUAGAGCAGUGAUCCAUUAUUAUUAUUUAUCUGGAAAUCAAAUUAAAAAUUUGUUUUUUUCCAUUUCCUUUUUAGUCUAAGUUAAGGCGAACAAAUCUUUAACAUUUUUUGUAAACGCUUCUUGGAAUUGUUGUUUUGAGCGUGUUAAAGGCUUGUGCGCGGGAUAACAUUUUGGUAGUGAGGGACGUGGCACUGUGGGGGAAGUUGGAUAGCGGUUACGUGGACUGCAAGGAACAGAGGGUAUUUUGAAACUACAUAUUCCAGCAAUAACCCGACAAGCAACGGCGGCCGCGGUGCGUGAACUUUCCAUCUAAAGAUUCGUGACAAAACAAUGUGUUCAACUAACGCACAUUACAUGUGAAUCCCAGACUAGUGGUCAUUUCUGGGAAUUUUGUUUCGCCCGCCAAAUGAAUACGUCAUUACAGCCAUGCGCACGUACUAAGAGAAUUAUUAUUAUAACCAUUUUAACAUGAUGGAAUCUUCAAGAACUACAGAUUUUUUUUGUUUCUUAAAAUUGAAAAAAAAAAAAAUUCUUCACAUCAUAUUCGAUAAGUAAUAUAAAUAGUGUACGAGUCUAAUGUAUUGCCCCAUCAAAAUUGACGGAUUUUUUCAUGCACUGAAUAUGACUUUUAGUUUUCGGGUAAAGAAAUUUCUUUUUUUUUUUUUUAAAUAUUCAAACAAUCAAAAAAAUAUAUUGGUUGUUAUAGCGAAAACAAUGUUCUAGGAAUUGUAAAGGGAAUCUAUGCUUGUUCUGAAAGUGUAAAAGUAUUUCAAAGAUUGAAUUUCUUGUUAAUUUUUAAAUCUAAUGUAUUGCCCCAUCAAAAUUGACGGAUUUUUUCAUGCACUGAAUAUGACUUUUAGUUUUCGGGUAAAGAAAUUUCUUUUUUUUUUUUUUAAAUAUUCAAACAAUCAAAAACAUAUAUUGGUUGAUAUAGCGAAAACAAUGUUCUAGGAAUUGUAAAGGGAAUCUAUGCUUGUUCUGAAAGUGUAAAAGUAUUUCAAAGAUUGAAUCUCUUGUUAAUUUUUAAAAUAAAAAUGUAUUUGUGUUCAAGAGUGGUUUUUUUUUUUUUGUUAAGCGGUGACCCAACGGCGUUUUCUUAAAAUAGUAACAUCGUUCCAAAGCUUGUCCUCUUAGCGUUUCAGCCAUACAGUCAUACGUUCAUUUUUAAUACAAUUUUCAUAAAUCCGACACUCACAAGAUUUUGCUUUUCGUUUCCCAUUAGCUCCGGCCCCCAAAAGGUUCAGUGGACGGUGGGAUGACGUCAACCAGGAGGUGAGCUGUCGUAAAAAUCUUACCGACUUGUACACGUCUCGCAAUCACUUGUACACGUCUCCCGUGAACUCGCACAACGUAUCGCAACGACGUGUACAUGUCUCGCAAUCACUUGUACACGUCUCCCGUCAACUCGCACAACGUCUCGCAACGACGUGUACAUGUCUCGCACGCCUUGAUCAUGCCUCACACCAUCAUUUACGUGCCUGGCACCAACAUCGACAUGUCUCACACCAUCAUUUACGUGCCUGGCACCAACAUCGACAUGCCUCACACCAUCAUUUACGUGCCUGGCACCAACAUCGACAUGCCUCACACCAUCAUUUACGUGCCUGGCACCAACAUCGACAUGUCUCACACCAUCAUUUACGUGCCUGGCACCAACAUCGACAUGUCUCACACCAACUUGUAGAUGUCUCCUGCCAACAAUAACCAGCCCGUACAUAUUUCACUCCAGUAUUAUUUGACAUAUGACAUACACACUUUUUAUACAAUUCUCACAAAAAGGAUUAUUUGGUAUCUCACAGCCCACACCGGCUUUUAUUUAAAUUUCAUUUUCAGUUCAUAUCUCAAGCCAAACUUCUUUUCAUAGAUUUCCCAAAAUAUCCGGAGUACAUUCAUUAUUUUAUUUUAUUAAAAAUAUACUACUGAGCCAAAAAAUAUGCUUCUCCAUUAUUGAUAAUAAUAAUAAUAAUAAUAAAAAUAAUAAUAAUGAUAAUGAUAAUAAUAAUACAGAUCUUGAGUAUCUAAACCAUAAAAUUCUGUAGUAACUAUGAUGAGUGAACCAUUUUUAUCUCAACAGAGUCCAUCUGUCAUUAAAGAUUUUAUCCAGACACAGAUGAAAGUGAGUACAUUUUUUUACACCUUAGAAUCAACGGCGUGUAGUCAUGAACUAUGUUGAAUUGUUUUUUAUUUCAACCAGCAGCAGGUAGAGAAAUAUAACCAUGGUAUCGAUUUGCCUUGAAUUAAGCAUCUCAAUCAAUUUUUAAAUCAAUAAAAGUUUGUUUUUUUUAUUUUAAAAAAAAUUUUGAAACAGAAAUAUAAUUAAAACAUUUAAAUAUAGAUACAAAGAAUAUGAUAAUAAGAAACAUAACAAAUAUAUCUAUUUUAAGUAUUUGUAAAAUGUUUCUUUGAUUCUAAUUUAACUUCUUCUCAUCUGUAAAUGUGAUUGCGUUGUUUUUAAACGUUUUAGCCAGCGACUGAGGAUAAAUCAGCCCCUCGUGUCCCCAAGGUAUGACUGUCUAAUCACAGUAAAAUUUAGUGGAUGUUGUAGUCUUAGAAAGAUUAGUAGCUUCGUGGAUGUAAAUAGCUUUAUCAUUUAUGACAUUUUUAUAGAGAAUCAUUGUCUUGUUUAUACCUUUAAUCUUCUGGUAAUAUGUUAUAAUCUUUUAAGUACAUUAUAAAUUAGUUUGUAAUGUGAAGGUAUGUCAAAAUAAUAUUUAGACAUUAAUCACUUUUUAUGACUUCAACCCAUGUAAAGUACGAAUAACGUAUCAGAGGCACCAAUUAAGUAUAACUUAAAAAACCCACUAUAGCUUAGACAUACUUUUAGUGUAAAUCCAGGAGCGUGAUUUCUAUUAAUGUCUUAUCAUUCACCCCAGCAUCCACCACGAGAUAUUUAUUCAGUGUUUAAUGAGCUCAGCUCAAAGAAGGCACAAAAGGAGGAAAAAGCUCAAGAACAAAUAACAAUGCAAAAGGUUUCUUUCAAAGACAUGGUUAAAAGGAUCAUGAAAGUUACAUCGAGGAUGAUAACAGACAAUGCCAUUGACGACUUCACUGCUCUGAGUAGAGCCGACAGGUCGGGAAAGGAAGACGGUCAACGUGUGUCAAGCCUCCUUGAAGGUGCUUCCUCGAAGCUGCUCAUCUUAGAGGCACAGGAGACGAAACAAGGUCCUCCAGCAAGAGAUGCUGAGUUAAAUCGGACAGAUUUAGAGAGAGAUCCCGGUUUAGCCAGCAGAAGAAGACAAGACGACAGUGUUGAGACCAGAGCUCAAGAGCGCGAGAGACUUCUGAGAUACUACGAUGAGAACCCGUUGCAGCGCAGAAAAUCGUCGUCCACAGAUGUAUCGAAAGGUAGACAAAAACUGGACAGUCUGGAAGAGUUUCGGAAAAGACAGGAGCGGCUGACGGAAGAUUCGCUGAAGGAAACGGAUGAGGUAGAUGAUGAGAUGCCGUAUGCAUCGCCUGAGAUGGGAAAGGGUGUUGGAAU